AUGAUGUAGUGUGGAGCCGUGUGGAGCUAGGGUGGAGCCAGUGUGGAGCCGUGUGGAGCUAGUGUGGAGCUGUGUGGAGCUGUGUGGAGCCGUGUGGAGCCGUGUGGAGCCAUGUGGAGCUGUGUGGAGCCAGUGUGGAGCCAUGUGGAGCCGUGUGGAGAUAGGGUGGAACCAGUGUGGAGCCGUGUGGAGCUAUGUGGAGCCGUGUGGAGCUAUGUGGAGCCGUGUGGAACUAGUGUGGAGCGGUGUGGAGCCGUGUGGAGCCAUGUGGAGCUGUGUGGAGCCAGUGUGGAGCCAUGUGGAGCUAGUGUGGGGCCGUGUGGAGCCAGUGUGGAGCCAUGUGGAGCCAUGUGGAGCUACUGUGGAGCUGUGUGUAGUCAGUGUGGAGCUGUGUGGAGCCAGUGUGGAGCCAUGUGGAGCUUGUGUGGAGCCAGUGUGGAGCCGUGUGGAGCCAGUGUGUAGCCAGUGUGGAGCCAUGUGGAGCUAGUGUGGAGCUGUGUGGAGCUGUGUGGAGCCGUGUGGAGCCAGUGUGGAGCCAUGUGGAGCUGUGUGGAGCCAGUGUGGAGCCAUGUGGAGCCAUGUGGAGCUAGGGUGGAACCAGUGUGGAGCCAUGUGGAGCCAUGUGGAGCUAGGGUGGAACCAGUGUGGAGCCGUGUGGAGCCAGUAUGGAGCCGUGUGGAGCUAUGUGGAGCCGUGUGGAACUAGUGUGGAACUAGUGUGGAGCUGUGUGGAGCCGUGUGGAGCCAUGUGGAGCUGUGUGGAGCCAGUGUGGAGCCAUGUGGAGCUAGUGUGGGGCCGUGUGGAGCCAGUGUGGAGCCAUGUGGAGCCAUGUGGAGCUAGUGUGGAGCUGUGUGUAGUCAGUGUGGAGCUGUGUGGAGCCAGUGUGGAGCCAUGUGGAGCUUGUGUGGAGCUGUGUGGAGCUGUGUGGAGCUGUGUGAAGCCAGUGUGGAGGAACUGUGUGGAGCCGUGUGGAGCCAGUGUGGAGCUAGUGUGGAGCCAGUGUGGAGCCAGUGUGGAGCCAUGUGGAGCUAGUGUGGAGCUGUGUGAAGCCAGUGUGGAGGAACUGUGUGGAGCCGUGUGGAGCCAGUGUGGAGCUAGUGUGGAGCCGUGUGGAGCUGUGUGGAGCCAGUGUGGAGCUGUGUGGAGCCAGUGUGGAGCCGUGUUGUGCAGGAUGUUUAUAUUGGGGCAUCUCGGAAAUAAAUUGCAACCCAGUGCUGGCCCGGUUUUGAUGACGGAUCCGUAUUUACGAUGUAUGCGCAGGGAAACAACGGUACGUGGACAGGGAGUGUGUUCAUAG